GGUACCUCCCUGAAAUACAGGCCAACUUCCUGUUUGCUCCUGUGGGUGGGACUUUAUGAGUCUAAGGGAAGCCUAGCCAUGGCCUAUGGGGGGCCAGGACAAGCAGCUUUCUCACCUGGGUUGGUAACUACUCCAGGGAAGGAGGCGGUACUAGGUCUGCCAGGACAGCCCCAGACAGCCCAAGCCCUAAUGAGUGUGUGUGGUGUGUUUUUAUGAAACGCGACACUUCUUUGUCUCCUUGGUAGGGAUUUUCCCUCUUCUGGUUGUGAGCAGAGUGGUCUGGAUUGAGUUCCCUACAGAGCAGGAGAGAGUUAAGCUCUAUACCGCCUAAAUUAAGGCUGCCAGGUAGCUUAACCGUCAGUUACAUCUACCCUCCCCUUAGGUCAAAAGUCAAUAUGCUGUGAGAGACAGCCUUAGGCCAUCAUCAGGCUACAUUUGGACUCGGGACUGGGUCGGACUACUUUUGGGUUGGGUACUUGGUUGACUGUUCGGAGGUGCGGGACAGACCCCUCCCCUCUCUGGGUGGGGGGGCGCGGCUUCAGCCGCCCCGCCCCACUCUUCCAGGGCCGGCCUGGCAAGAGCGGGGUGCCGGGAGCGCUGAGCCCCGAGCCCGCUGAAGAACCAGAGUUCUAUCGCGGUGAGGAAGCAGGCACGCUGGAGCAGGAGUCGAGCCAAAAAGGGAGCAGCGGCGCAGGUGACGCUGGGUUGCCCUGGAGGCCCCUGGCCAGGCCUGAACCUCUGCCACCAUGGCCAUUGUGCACACUCUGCCAGUGCCACUGGAGCCCGCACGUGAGACAGCCACUGCCCCACAAACUCCAGCAAUGGGCAGCGUGAGCAGCCUUAUCUCAGGCCGGCCCUGUCCUGGGGGACCUGCUCCUCAACGCCACCAUGGUGUCCCUGGGCCUACCUUCUUCCGCCAGCAGGAUGGGCUGCUCCGGGGUGGCUACGAGGCCCAGGAACCACUCUGCCCAGCUGUGCCACCCAGGAAGACUGUCCCAGGCAACAGCUUUACCUAUGUCAAUGAGGACUUCCGGACAGAGUCACCUCCCAGCCCAAGCAGUGAUGUUGAAGAUCCCCGAGAACAUCAGGCACACAAUGCCCACCUCCGUGGGCCCCCACCAAAGCUCAUCCCUGUCUCUGGAAAGCUGGAGAAGAAUAUGGAGAAGAUCCUGAUCCGACCAACAGCCUUCAAGCCAGUGCUACCCAAACCUCGUGGGGCACCAUCCCUACCUGGCUUCCUUGGUCCUCGAGCUGCUGGGCUAUCUGGGAGCCAGGGCAGCCUGACACAGCUGUUUGGGGGGCCAGCCUCUUCCUCCUCCUCUUCCUCUUCCUCCUCUGCUGCUGACAAACCCUUGGCACUCAGCGGUUGGGCCAGUGGCUGCCCUUCAGGAACACUGUCAGACUCUGGCCGAAAUUCUUUAUCAAGCUUGCCCACCUACAGCACCGGAGGUGCCGAGCCAACUGCCAACUCCCCAGGUGGGCACCUGCCCUCCCACGGCCCUGGCCGAGGGCCACUGCCUGGUCCAGCCCGAGGGGUUCCUACUGGGCCCUCCCAUUCAGACAGUGGCCGGUCCUCCUCCAGCAAAAGCACAGGUUCCUUGGGGGCUCGUGUAGCUGGGGGGCUCUUGGGCAGUGGGGCCCGGGCCUCCCCUGGCAGCAGUUCUGGUGGAGACCGCUCUCCACCCCCUCCACCACCUCCACCCCCUUCGGAUGAGGCCUUGCUACACUGUGUCCUGGAAGGGAAGCUUCGAGACCGAGAGGCAGAGCUGCAGCAGCUGCGGGACAGUGUGGAUGAGAGUGAGGCCGCCGUGUGUCAGGCAUUCGGGGCACGGCAGCGGCGCUGGCCAGGAGAACGAGAGGACUGUGCCUCUCAGGCACAGCAGGCCACACAGCGUGUCCAGCGGGCUCAACAGCUGCUGCAACUGCAGGUGUUCCAGCUGCAGCAAGAGAAGCGCCAGUUGCAGGAUGACUUCGCCCAGCUGCUGCAGGAGCGAGAACAGCUGGAGCGCCGCUGUGCUACUUUUGAAAGGGAGCAGCAGGAACUUGGGCCACGGCUAGAGGAGACCAAAUGGGAGGUGUGUCAGAAAUCAGGCGAGAUCUCCCUUCUGAAGCAGCAACUGAAGGAAUCUCAGGCAGAGCUGGUCCAGAAGGGUAGUGAGCUGGUGGCACUGCGGGUGGCCCUUCGAGAGGCCCGGGCUGCCUUGCGGGUCAGUGAGGGCCGUGCCCGGGGCCUGCAGGAGGCAGCCCGAGCUCGGGAGCUGGAGCUGGAGGCCUGCUCACAGGAGCUACAGCGGUACCGCCAGGAGGCUGAGCGGCUCCGGGAGAAGGCUGGGCAUUUGGAUGCUGAAGCAGCAGGACUCCGGGAACCCCCUGUACCCCCGGCUACCACCGACCCGUUCCUCCUGGCGGAGAGUGAUGAGGCUAAGGUGCAGCGGGCAGCCCGCUGGGCAGGGGGGCCUGCGGCUCAAGGUGGGAACAGUUGCGCCAAGAACUGCAGGGAGCAACAUGGCGAGAUGAACAGCGGAACAGCUUUGAGGGGGAGGCUGGCCUGGCAUGGAGAAGGAACAGGUGAUCCACACAGAAGCAGCUGCAGCACAACUAUGUCCAGAUGUACCGGCGUAACCGACAGCUGGAGCAGGAACUGCAGCAACUGAGCUUAGAGCUGGAGGCUCGGGAGCUCGCUGAUUUGGGCUUGUCGGAGCCGGCCCCUUGCAUCUGUCUGGAGGAGAUCACUGCCACUGAAAUCUAGGACUUUGCAAGGGGUGCGAGCCACCACACCACCUGCACCGGGAUCCAUCGAGCAAGCACUCCAGGUCUCAGAGCCAAAAGGCCUCUGCCGAGCAUUCAGAUGACCCCAUAACUUGGAGAAGCAGAAUCAACCCCCCUGCAGUUCAGUGUCACUGUCACCCAGAGGCUCCUGCCUACGCUGCCAUUUCACUCCCCACCGUCGCCACUGCCAAUCCACUCCAGCUGGGAAAGGAAAGGGGGCUAACCUGUCCCCCCACAUUCUACCUGCCUGAAGCCAGAGAGAACCAGAUGGCACCAGCUGCCCCAGAUGUGCCUGCCCUCAAUAUGCCCACGUGGAGGGGCGAGGCUAGGAAUGGGGCUGAUCCCCAUGUCCCAGCUCCGCAAGCCUCUUGUGGGCUGAGGGGGCUGAAGUCAGACCAAAGGAAGAACUCAGCAAUGUCUUGUUUUAUUUGUGUUCGUGACCAAGCCGCCCUCCCUAGUUCCAGGGUUAUGGCCUCGUUCCCACUUGUAUAUUUUUCACACUGUAAAUUUCUUGUACAAACCCAAAGGGGAAAAAAAUUAAAAAAAAAAAAAAGUUUUGUUAAAAAAAAAAAA